ACGUUCACUACAGGCAGACGUCUGCUCGUCGGAGAAGGUAGGCUAGAGUAGAAUCGGCAGCUUCACGUCACAAUUUCCUCGACCGAUUGCACGACAUUGCCCGCCGUCAUUAUGGGCGUCGAUUCCAGCACUGAGGGCCCCAAGAGCUUGAAAAAACAUGUUCUGCUUUUGGCAGUGUCGUUGCACGCGCACAUCGCCGGCAUGGUGAAGCUUGCCGUCGAAUUGGCUCAACGAGGUGUCACAGUCACUUACGUGGGUGAGGAGAUGGACUUGCCGAAGUUCAGGAACGAACAGGCGAAGGGGUUAGACCUCCGUCUGAUCUCCUUCGACGAAUUUCCAUCCUCGAAGCAAAUCCUCUCCAGUCCCAACUUUGACAUGUUCGACUUCGUUAUGAAUGCAAAGGAAAUUUUUCAGCCAGUUCUGGACAUCUUCAUGAGGGAUAAGCAGGCCGGAAAGCCUGGCCCUACCUGCAUCAUUGCUGACAGGUUACUGGCAACCCCUCUGGAAGCUGCGAGAUUGUUAGGAAUUCCUCAUUACAUGUUUUACAGCUGCGGAGCAAAUUUCGCCCGAAUGCUGCAAAUGUUCCCGCCGCUAUUUGCUGAUGGAACUCUCACCUCGUGUCCAGCUUUGUGUAAACCCAGGGCUACUAUACCGGGGAGGCCUAUAAACUCGCUGUCAAAGUUCGACGGUGCGGUGGAAAUAGAUGGCUUUCCACCAUUGCGGUUUUCAGAUAUGUUUGAGGCUUUAUUCGGGGUGGAGGCCGUGAUAGGUAUGGGUGAAGUUGUUCAACAAACGGAUGCUCUAAUCAUGAAUACGUUUUACGAGUUUGAAGCGCCAAUUAUCGAGGCCAUCCAGCGGUAUCGGAUAGCGAACAGGCCCUGGAAGCCCGUUAAGGUGUUCUGUGUUGGGCCUAUUUCAAGCCCCGCCGUCGGGAAGGAGCCUACCCUGGAACCCAGCUUGUCGCUGUGGCUCGAUAGUCAAGCACCUGAGUCGGUGAUUUACAUGUGCUUUGGCAGCAUCGCAGGAAAAUAUGUCGAUCCGGAACAGGCACGGGAGAUUAGUCAAGCUCUGGAAGACAGUGGGCACCCGUUUCUGUGGGCUUUUGACUUUCGUCCUACUCCUGAAUACCCAAGCCUGCAAGAUCUUCUUCCUCCAGGUUUUGAAGAACGGAUGAAGGGCAGAGGGAUUGUUCAAUGUGGGUGGGUGCCACAGUUGGAGCUUUUAUCGCACUCGUCCAUAGGAGCCUUCAUCACGCACUCCGGCUGGAAUUCGGUACUAGAAGCCGUCUGUGUCGGAGUGCCAAUGAUAGCUUGGCCUCGGCUCCCUAACGAUCAAGGCAUAAUCACGAGGCACAUUGUGGAUUUUCUGAAAAUUGCAGUUGAAGUAGGAGCUGAUAAAUAUGAUUGCGAGCCUGUCUACAUCGAAGGUCGUGUGGUGGUUCCGCGUCAAAAUAAAAUCGUCGGACAUGCGGAACUGGGAAGGGCAAUACGAUUGAUCAUGUCGGAAGAGGGUUCGGCAUGUAGAUCGAGACUUCAGGAGCUGAAGAGAGUGGCUGACGCAGCUGCAGCAGAUGGCGGAGCAAGGAGUAAAGCUUUCGGUGAUCUCGUAGAACUCAUUCCCGGCACAGCCAGCCUGUGAAGUCGAUGGAGCCACUGUGCAACAGACUGAAUCCAUGUGCGAUUAUAGACUGUUCUCUGUCUCAAAACUAUAACAUAAUACUUUUGCCUAGUUCAUACGACUAUUCUUGUGAUAAAAUGAUAAAAUAUGGACAAUAAAAUGAUUCGUCUCUGUCUCUGCACAAUACAGUACAUGAGAUCAAGUACCACGAAAAGCUGAUCUACUGAAGGGUACAGUCCAUAGCAAUCAUCUUACUCGGUGCUCUGUACUAAGUAGAAGGCGGACUCGUUUAGGUAAGUCGAACAUAUCUACUGCAAGAAGGAAAAUUGAAUUACUCCAUGCCCAUUGCUACUAUCGAGAUGAUAGCAAUCAAAAGUCCUUACGUUUCUCGAAUGUUCUGCAUGUAACACAUUUUCCCGAGAUAUUUCGUAUGUUAAAAUUGCGCAAUGCACAUUUUAUUGGAGCGUAUC